UGCACGGGGGGGGGGGGGGGGGGAGGGGGGGCGGGGGGGGGCGCGCGGCCCCUAAGAGCUGACGCGAACAUCCAAAAAUUGGGGGUGGGGGUCACUUUUAAAAGCGUGCUUUAGGAACAGUCUUGUCAGAUCUUUCGGAUUUUGAAAAUUCUUUUCGAUUUCUUCCGGAUUUUAAAAGUCUUUUUGCAGUCUUUUAGGGAUUUUGAAAAUUUUUUCGGAUUUUUUCAGAAUUCUGAAAAUUUUUCUCGAUUUUUUUGAGAAUUUUAAAAGCUUUUGUGGAUUUCUUUGGGGAAUUUAAAAUAUUUUGCUGGAUUGCUUCCGGAUUUUAUGCGGAUUUUGAAAGUUCUUUUGGAUUUUUUUGGAAAUUUAGAAAGUUUUUCUAGUGUUUGUGGGAAUUUUGAAAAAUUUUCUGGAUUUUUUCGGGGAUUCUAAAAGUUUUUCUCGCUUUUUUCUGCGUUUUUGAGUUCGCUACCUGGCAGCACUUGUUAAAAUAUUAAACUGGAAACAUUAAUACACACUUAUAUAAAAAAAUGCAUUUUCUAAAAUCUCGGUAGGGGGGACUGAGCCCCCUCUAGCCACCCCAUGGCUCCGCCACUGGUAUAUACUACCAUUGGAUGCUACUUAAGAUUUGAUCUAUGGCUUCAUUAACCUGUUGAUAAUAUUCACAAACACGAUUGACCAACACACAGCCAGUCAUCGUAAGCAAUCUCAUAAUACAGAGCAAAUAUCGAGGUGGCUUUUCGUCUUAUAUAUAGUACUAUCUUAUUGAAAGGUCUAAGUCUUUAAUAACAAUAAUCUAUUCUAAAUGUUAGAUGAGUCGUAUUUGCUUUCACUAUUUCUCGCUUAUAUAUAUUACCAAUAUAUACCUGUAUGCUUAAAAUUGAUAUACGCAUAUAGUUCUCAGUGUGCUGAUCGAGUGCUGUUACACUUCGAACAAUGCUAUUCAUUAUCAUACUAUUAAUUAUCGGAGAUGCUGUUGCUAUUUCCAGUCCGAUUCAGCCGUUCACCACGUAUAGAUACUCAACUGAACUACAACCGGAUAUAGCCGAUCUUUGGUGGACAGUGGAUAAUGAUGCUAACGAGAUCACUUUUGAAUUGCACAUGAAAACUACAGGGUGGAUAGCUUUAGGCAUUAGUCCAGGUGGUGGCAUGAAAGGUGCUGAUAUUGGAGUUGGAUGGGUUGACAAUACGGGAAAAGUUUAUUUUCAAGAUCGAUAUGCAUCCGAUUUCGCUUUGCCGAUCAUCGAUAAUACAACUAGCAAUUGGCUUGCCCAACGUGGUCAUGAAUCUGACGGAUGGACUGCCAUUCAAUUCAAACGUUUACUUGACACAUGUGAUCCCAUGGAUUCUGGAACGAUUAUCGUCAUAUAUGCGUAUGGUCUUACCGAUCCAGUUGGUGAUAUUAAUUACCAUGAAGGUCGGCGUGGUUCACGCAUGAUUCCACUUCAAUCAUAUGCAAAUCCACCGCCAGAAAAUAAGUUUACCGAUCUCGAUUAUUUUGAAUUUCGCAUGAACAAUGAUGUUGUUCCAGCCAAUGACACAACUUAUUAUUGUAAAGUAUUCAAAGCUCCGAUUGAAUAUCCAAUAAAACGUCACGCCAUUGCUCAUAAAACAAUGAUCGAUCCGAAUAAUAUCGAUAUGGUUCACCAUCUUGUGUUCUUUGCAUGUAAUCCAACAGCUAAAUUUGAUGAUAACAAUCUGCCCUAUGGUGUACGUGAUGAUCAUUACCAAGAACUUUCUGCUUGUUUCACUGGCACCUCUACUAUUUUGGCAGUAGGCGGUGAGACUCUUGUCGAAUUUCCAGAAGAAGCUGGUUAUCCUGUUGGUGGUGAUUUUGCAACAAAAUAUUACAUGCUUGAGAUACACUAUAAUAAUCCAAAACUAACACCAAAUCGUCGUGAUAAUACUGGUAUUCGAUUUUACAUUGGAAAACAACUUCGCCAAUAUGAUAUUGGCUAUAUGUCAUUCGGAACUGUUGUCAGCGCUCUUGCGCUAGCAAUUCCACCAAAAGUCGAGCGAUUCAUCGUCGACUCGUAUUGUCCAAGCGGAUUCAGCAAAGUAUACUUCGGAUCUCAUGUUUUUUCUUCUCAAAAAUCACAAAUCAUAGCUAUCAAAUCUUAG